CUCUGUACAGACAGAAGCAGAGAGCAUCCGCGCAAUAUCGGACAUACCUUGGCCCUUUUAUCGAUAGCCUUCAAAACAGUCUCCAUCAAGCGAGCAUGAGAAACUGCGAGUAAGGAUUACAUUAAUGUCUCAUCAGUAACUCCUUGGUAUUUUUUUUUGUUUCAUGAUUUUUUUUAAAUCAUCAAGAAGGGUGACUGAGUGAAACCAGAAGGGAUAAUACCUACUCUAGCUUCUUUUGUCAUGAAUUUUAGCCUACUACUGGCAAGUGGAAAACAAGCCCCACGUUUCUCAAUUGAGAGAGAGAUUCUGUCGUUCUAACGGUGUGGCAGUGUAAGCAGUUGGUUGGGAGGGCAGGAAUUCGUCCUAAAAUCUCUUCUCUCUUGAACCAUUUUGGAGAGGAUAACCUGUGCAAUGGAAUGGCAAUGAGAUUCAAUUUGGGUUAAUUGUUUUUAUAUACAGUCUUCUUGCCUACUAUAAUCCCUGCGGCGAAAGUGGUGCUGAUGACAGGAUAUCUAAUUUUCUGCGCGGGAGCACUGAGGUGGCUAUGAUGACGAUACGUUCCUUAUACAUAUAAACAAAGAUCGGUCACCAAACUUGGAUUGUGCAUGUUUUUCUAUCACGGGUAGAUGUUGUCGGUUUCCCUUCGGUUUCAUGGCUGGCGCACGGCAGAUAAAAACUUUGUUGACUUUAAACAUCUGCAUGUUUGUGGGUAUUAUACUGUUCUCGGUUUACUGCAGAAUUCAGGAUCGUUCAGAGGAACUCCUGAAGAACGGCAGGACCACUGUGCAAAGAUCUAACCGCAGAAAUGGGAAAGUUACUAACUUUGUGGAGAAGCAAGCUAUUCUUCAGAGGCUUGAGCAUCUUGAGGACGUGGUCUACCAUCAAUUGAACGGUCUGGGAAAGCCAGUUGGGGUACUGGAGGGAAGAGUGGGCCAGGGGCAGGCCAGGACCCCUGCAACUCUGAGAAACCCUGUCCGUGACCCAGAUGGGGGAAAGUACGAAGAGUAUGGCUACAACGCACAGCUGAGCAAUCAAAUCCCACUGGAUAGAUCCAUUCCUGACUACAGGCCGAAAAAGUGCAAGCUGAUGACUUACCCAGAUGACCUCCCUCAGAUGACGGUGGUGUUCAUCUUUGUAAACGAGGCCUUGUCUGUGAUCCUACGGUCAGUCCACAGCCUGGUCAAUCACACACCUGCACACAUCCUCAAGGAGAUCAUCCUGGUGGACGACAACAGUGACAGUGUGGAGCUAAAGCUGAAUCUGGAUCAGUAUGUGAAUAAGCAGUACCCAGGCCUAGUGAAGAUGGUGAGAAAUAGCAGACGGGAGGGACUUAUACGGGCCAGAAUCCUUGGCUGGAAAGCAGCCACUGCACCAGUUGUUGGCUUCUUUGACGCACAUGUUGAGUUCAACACAGCAUGGGCAGAGCCAAUCCUAACCAGAAUCAGGGAGGAUCGAACACGUAUUAUUCUACCGUCAAUCGACAACAUCAAGUACAACACGUUUGAGGUGCAGCAGUAUGCUAACGCGGCCCAUGGCUACAACUGGGGCCUUUGGUGUAUGUACAUCACCCCCCCUCAGGCCUGGCAGGACAGAGGAGAUGAGACGGCCCCCAUCAGGACCCCUGCCAUGAUUGGCUGCUCCUUUGUGGUGAACAGAGAAUACUUUGAAGAGAUUGGCCUUCUAGACCCAGGCAUGGAGGUGUAUGGAGGAGAGAACAUUGAAUUGGGCAUGAGGGUAUGGCAGUGCGGGGGGAGUAUGGAGGUGUUACCGUGUGCUCGGGUGGCACACAUUGAACGCACCAAGAAACCCUAUAACGACGACAUUGAUUACUAUGCAAAGCGCAAUGCCUUGAGGGCCGCCGAGGUGUGGAUGGACGACUACAAAUCGCACGUCUACAUGGCCUGGAAUAUCCCCAUCAACAACCCUGGAGUUGAUUUUGGAGAUGUUUCUGAGAGAAUCGCCUUGAGGAAGAAAUUGCAAUGUCAUAGUUUCCAGUGGUACUUGCAGAAUGUGUAUCCAGAGAUGCGAGUGUACAAUGACACCAUCACCUACGGCGAGGUGCGAAACAGCAAGGCUAGUGGCUAUUGCUUAGACCAAGGACCUAAUGAUGACAACAGCGCGAUUCUCUACCCGUGUCAUGGCAUGACAUCUCAGCUGGCCCGUUAUACCUCAGAAGGGCUUUUGCAGCUUGGUCCCCUGGGUUCCACUACGUUCUUGCCCAACACCAAGUGUCUGGUGGACGAGGGACGAGGGCGGACACCAAGUCUCAAAACAUUUGAUGGAGCGUCACACUCAUCACAAAGGCUUUGGGACUUCAGUCAGAACGGCCCAAUAAUCAGCAGAGACACUGGUCGUUGUUUGGAGGUGGAGAUGUCUAAAGAGGCCAGCUUCGGCCUACGGCUGGUGGUCCAGAGGUGCUCUGGUCAGAGGUGGACUAUCAGGAACUGGAUCAAACCUCCACGACACUGAGGGCACAAUAUACAGGCCAGCUGAUGUCUACAAAAAAGACAUGGGACUCUUACCUUGUAGCACUUGGACUAUCCACUUUAAAAAUAUUGUGUUCCUUUGGAUUGAGGCUAUAGACUCUAUUGUCUGCUCCUGGAAAGGUCAAGGAAUUUCAAAAGCAUCUCAACACCAACCUUCCACAUCUCAAGCAUCUUAACAACAAGUCAUCACAAAGUAUGGAGGAUACUUAUCCUUAUUCAUUCAUAUCACGCCAUAAUCCCUGAACACAAUUAUGUUCCUUCAAUCAUAUGUCUGUCAUCUGGAGGGCUAAAUUAUCUCACAUUCAUGGACAAUAGAGGAAAAAGUGAAAAACACAAAUUGUACACAACAACUUGAAUCGAAUGAUAAUAUGACAUUAAACAUUAUGACAUAUGUGUU